GAACUCAAUGCCAACGUCCGAAAGAUCGCAUCUCCUCUCAUUGCGCCACCUAUGCCCAAAAAAAGCAUGUCAAAGAAACUUAUCAAGACUAGCAGAAGUCCUUCCGUGUUCUCCUAUGAUACUACCCCGAUCGAGCUACCUUCGAUAUACGUGGACGAAAACUUUUUUGAGGCUUGGGCUGACGUCUUAGUCAGUUCGGGCUGGUGUCAUGACGAGCUCAAAGAAGUCAGCUGGGUCCUGAUUCACUGCAAAUGCAAGCCGGCCGAUCAUCAAGAAUUUGAAUUUCGACCCACGCCAGUAAAUCCUGAUGGCCGUAACGACGAUAUGUGGGCCUUGUUUGAGGAAGUCAUUCCACCUGAGCAUCAAUCAGCACAGCUUAACGCGCAAAAGGUGGCCACUCACAAAAACAAUAGGCGGUCUUUCCUCCGAGUGAUCACUCGUAAAGAGAACAAAAGGCCGGGAAAUGGAUCAACUUCGGAGACAGCGCCUUUCACCUCAGACUCAUCUCCGCACUAUUAUCCAAUUACACCCCAGUCACAGGCACUCUUCAUGACGAAUUCUGGCUCGCAGUCAUCUUCAAACUAUCAAGUUGACGUAUCAUCCGAUCAUUCAACCUCGCGAGCUGCAUCCUUAACUCCCCAAUCUAGUCAUGUAGGCCUGUUUCGUUCGAUUUCGAAAAUGAUUCAAGGGAACCACUCCCCCAUCACCAUUGGCGACAUACGGCAUCCUGCUCAUCUUCACGCUAUGACUAUAGAUACGGAAUCAUUACAUGACCUGGCUUCAUCUUAUUCUCAAAACCCUACCGCGGAUGGAUCUGAACCGUGGGUCAAUGUCUCCGUCGAUCACAGUCCUUCUCGUUCAGUCCAUCGGCCCGUUUUGAGAUCUGUGGGCAGUUCUGACACCGCCCAUGCCAUGGGCACUUCAAUCCGUCUUCAUGGAAGUAAGUCACAACAAACAUUCAACCGACCGGCUAACCCGACACCUCCUCCAUCAGAUCGCCCGACAAGCUUUUCCACCAUCUCAAGUCUUGAUUGCGUGCCCCACAGCGACCACGAAGGAAUGAUACAUGAUGGCAGUCGUUCCUCCGCUGUUUCGCGCUCCAUUGCAAGUAGUUCCGAUUUCACCGUCGAACUAGUGGAGCGACUCCCCGAACGAACUCCUCAUCAUUUACGGCCGCCAUCUUUGAUCCCCCCCGAAAGCCACUCUCUACGCAUUCACUGA